UUUUUUUUUUUUUGGCUUUGUGAAGUUUCUCAAGUAAUAAUGCCAAUCACUCGUCAUACAGCUAAUAAGGAUAACUUGUCUAAACAAAUCUCUAAUAAGAACUUGAACGCUUCCAAUGAUAUAUCAGAACCUGUAAACCAAUUGAACAAAAUACAACAUAAUGAUCUUGAAACACGACCAUCUUCAAAACCAAACCAAAAUGAUAUCCAGUUAAAUCAAACUUUACAAAGUAUAUUAAAUAUAUUGACAAGACACGAUCGAUACAAUCUCACUACUUUAGAACCUUUCAAAAAUAUGCAACAAAAACUCACUAAAUGUCACUACUUGAAUGCUGAUGAAUUCAAAAAUGACAUUGAUAUAUUAUUUACAAAGAUACGAUUGAAUGCCAAAACACAAGAUCAAAGAACAAUAGAACAAUUAUAUAUUGCCCUUCUCGGUAGUAUCAAAUUAGAAACAACUCGACUAAGAAAUCAACAAGAAGGACAUUCUAUGAUGGAAACUUCAAGCUUGGAACCAAAUGAUCAACAUUGGAUACAGACUGCUUUAUUUCGACCUACUAUCGAUGGAUUUAUGUUUACUGAUGCCAAUUCAAAUAUGGAUCAAAUCAAUGAACCAUUACCAUCUAGGAUUCAAACUAUCGCUAUUCAUCCAAUACCUGCAGAAACAUUUGCUGUUCCAAGCAUGAAACAAGUCGUCCAAUUACCUUACCGAUUCCCUUCAAGAUUCUUAAAACAUGAAGACAAACCAAUCGUACCUGUACAAUGGUUAGAUUAUGGACCUUUCAGUAGUUUUGCUCCAGCAUGUGAUUCUAAUAAUGCCAACGCGUGUUAUGAAUCAACUUAUAUGGGACGAGCUACCAAACGGUUUAGAAGAUGGGAAAGGAAACAUAGGCGAUCACACAUGGAUACAAAACAAUCUACAGAUGAUAUGGAUAUAGAUAUAGAUGUGGAAUGGUUACAAAAUCAAGGAUUGGAUGUGGAUGCUAUUGUAGGUGCUACCAUGAACGAAGAUAUAACUACCACUAUGACUGAUGAUGAUAAUAAUGACGAGAAUCAUCUGGACAACAUACUCAACAAGAAUAAGAAACUUAUAGAAGAAUUAUUGAUAUAUCAAGAACGACGUUUUGCAUCAUCUUCAGAUAAAUAUCCUACCAAAGUAGAUAUGAAAGAACAAGAAACAGCUGAUACGUUACAACGUCAUUUUUACGAAAUCUUAUCACAAUUAUCACCAUCAUCCAUUAUUCAACCUCAAGAUAUAGAAAAUGCCAUGGCACGUCUACCUUUACAAGAAGCAGCUUACCGUGGAUCUUUACCACCCAAUAAAAUAUUCGCCUUUCCAAGUUCGGACAAAAUGGAAUCUUCUUUACCGCCACCUUAUGCCAACAUUACACCUACUUAUGCCAAGGAACGAUGGCGAAUGAUUGAUGUUCAAGGUCAUGAUUUGUCAUAUCGACAACAACAACAAUCUAGUUCUUCUUCUUCUACCGUUCCUCAAGUAACUACCAAUUCACAUACACCAAGUCCCCUUCGAUCUUAGGAAAAAGAAAAAAAAAUACCUUCUUUGUUUACAUAGUCCUUUUUUUUAAAAAAAACUUUAUUUAGUUUCCAU